ACUUAAUAUUAGUGGAGAAGUUAAGAGGUGGGGUCAAACAGCGAGAGUUUUCAGUGCGUUAAUUACACAGAAACGAAAGAGAUUCUUCUAGACUCGUUCCUCUACUCUACUACGUCUUCGUCUUCUUCUUCCCCCAAAUCCUCUCUCUAGGGUUUCUCAUCUGUCUUCCAGAUCCUCCAAUCUUUACUUCUUCCAGAUGACUAGGCUUAUAUCUGUAAAAUGAGCUAAACUUCUAAGGGGAUUCAAGAAGAGGAUUUAGUUGUUGUCAGUUGUGGUCUUGUUUUUGAGUGCGCAGAAGGGAACUUACAACAGUGAGAAUAUGUCAAGCGGUGGAAACACCCACUGGUGCCAUAGAUGCCAGCGUGCUGUCAGGCUACACGGACGAGACCCUGUAUGUUCUUAUUGUGGAGGAGGGUUUGUUGAGCUGCUUGAAAUCCCUCAAGCCAGCCCAUUUGAUAUGUUCAGAUCUCACAGGGACGUUGUGGAACGUGAUCCUACUUUCGAUCUCAUGGAUGCUUUGUCCGACUUUAUGAGGAACCGAGAAACCAGAGGAAGAUCCAUCAGCUCUGGUCCUGAGAACUUCCCUGGUCUGGCUCCUUUAUUGAUCUUUGGUGGUCAGGUUCCUUACAGACUAUCUGGAGUCGAAGCACUCUUCAAUGGCGGCUCACCAGGCAUCGGCAUCACACGUGGUAACAACACUGGUGACUAUUUCUUCGGUCCUGGUCUUGAAGAGCUCUUUGAGCAGCUUUCAGCUGGGACUACUACUCGCAGAGGACCACCACCUGCUCCUAGAUCUUCAAUAGAUGCAUUGCCUACCAUCAAGAUCGCUCAGAGGCAUCUUAGGUCUUCGGACUCCAACUGUGCUGUGUGUAAAGACGAAUUUGAAUUGGGAACAGAAGCGAAACAGAUGCCUUGUAACCACAUCUAUCAUUCUGACUGCAUUGUCCCGUGGCUGGUUCAGCAUAACUCAUGUCCGGUCUGUCGCCAAGAGCUACCAUCAGGUAGAGGAUCUUCGAGUAGUCAAAACAGAACCACCACCAGAAACAACAGAAGUAGUAGUAGUAGUAGUGGUAAUAGCCGUGAGAGCAGCAAUGAAAGAAGGAAUCCUUUCUCUUCCUUCUGGCCAUUUCGUUCGUCUGGUUCAACCUCAAACUCCACACAGAACCGUGGAGGGACAAGAAACUCGGAUGGAACCGAUGAGAAUCAUAACUACCAUCAGCAGCAACAGCAACAGUCACAUAUGGGUUAUGGUGGGUGGCCUUUUGAUUACUAAAGGUGAAGCUAAAGUAAAAAGACUUUGGUCUCACUAUGUGUUCUAUGCCUUGUGUGCCCUUGAGCUUUCUUCUCUUAUCUCUCUCUUAUUCUCUCUUAUCUUUUACUGUAGAUUUUCUGCGUCUGUGUAAAACCGUAUCAUCAUUUUCUAUAUGCUUUAUGUCAAUGUUAUUUGGGUGGGUUUGAUAUA